AGGCAAUGGCACCAUGACAACUGCUGGUUGCAUUACAAGCAGUCACGGCCCCAUGGGCAGAACUUACUGCCGGGCUCAUGUUGUCAGUCCAUCAGGGCGUCAGAAAGCGCUUUCUAAGCAGCAGAUAUAAUAUAAUAAGGUAGAAAUGACGCAGAACUGUAAUAAAGCCUCAGGUGAGCCGCAGUACGGCCAGAGGAUCCUUUUCACAGGUCCAGAUGGAAUUGGAGACUACAGGCCGAGGUCCAAUUAUCUCCCCCUGUACGUUGGUGUGGGUUCCACUUCUCCCGAGGCCACGAGUGAUCUGAGCUAUUUAUGCAGAGCUGCGCCUGACGCCCCCCCUCCGGCGCCCAGGCAGAGCUGCGUGGGCGAGGUGGGCUGGGGAUGGCAGUAUAACCAGCUGUUGAAUAGAGACAGGCUGCUCAGCAACAUGCAAAUUAAGAAAACCGAGUUAAGGCAAACGCUGGAGGACAGGGUCACCCAGAAGUUUCAGAUGAACCAAGGGAACGACGUCAACAACUCAGGAAAAGUCAACACCAAGUUUUCCAGAAACAAUUAGAGCAGACAGCAGAUGGCAUUCCACCGCCCACAGAGAACGGAGGACCUGACAUUUGAUGAGAUCUGUCAAGUUUGAUUUAACAUCUCCUAAUCAGUGAACGUGGCUUAAUUAACAAUCAGAUGAAGUAACAUCUGUUUUUUUUUUUUCCUAACACCUGUGAAAGUUCACGGCAGGUUUGUGACUGUGUUCAUGUAACAUCAUCACUUCAACUCUGAAAUCUGAACUUUUAUACAUCACGGACCACAUAAACAAGCCAAUAAAUUUCUAGAAAGUGUCCAAUUGUGAACAAUAAGUCAAUAACUUAUAUUCUCCCAAUUUAACUUUACCUACAGAAAAUACACCAACUUCCAGCUUGGUGUUGUUCUUCAGAGCUUCUUUGCCCCUUUCUCAGUUGUAAAGUGAGACAUCUUAUUCGGGAAGCACCUGUUAAUCCACCUCCGUAGGCGACAGCAAUGAAAUCCCCUUAUGUCUGCUACAGAAAACAGUAAAACCAUCAGUUCCCACAUAAUGAGCCAAGCGGACUCGUUGGGGUUGGCCGCCAUUGGCUGAUGGCAUCAGUGCCACGGUGGAGCUGGCGCUGCUCUGGCACACAUCUGAGGACGUCCUGUGGCUGAAUGUGUUGAGCAUGUUCAAGGCAGCCAGAAAUGUGUGUUCUCAUUCUUUUGGAUCUUUCUAUAGCGCUGCCGAUCCCGGCUCGAUGUUUUUUUGUGUUGUUCGACUCCUUUUCCAGUCAUCUCCACCUAAAACCAAAUAAAGCAAAGUGUGGAAGUUCUCGCAUCAUGUUCACCGCAGUUUCUUGCUUCAGACUAAUUAAAAACUUAUUGUAAU